AUGAAGUUGCCGAAUGGUCAAAUGCUGCGCCAUCUUUCGACAGCAGCUCACAAUCAUUCGAGGUAAGAUUUUAUAAUUUUGAAAUGAAUAAAACAAAAAAUUUAGCGUGGGGUUGUGUGGUCCGGCUGUGAAGUUACUUAUCAUAAAAUAUGGCUUGGAGAACCGGCAGAUAAAAGGAACUGGUCCAAAAAACAACAUUCUGAAGAAUGAUAUUUUGGAAUUGGUGCAAAAAGAGAAACUUCAACCAGUUUUUCACACAGUUUCUCCACCAGCAGCAGUAGCAACAAAACCAGCAGAAACACCAAAGAAGGCGAAUAAUAAUCGAAGUCUUCGUCAUCACGAAGAUAUUCCACUCACCAAUAUUCGAUCUGUGAUUGCAAAACGAUUGACCGCUUCAAAACAACAAAUCCCUCAUGAAUAUCAAGGAAUUGAUGUGCGAAUCGAUAAUUUGUUAGCUUUGCGAAGGCAAUUAAAAUCGACUGGAAUUGUUCUAUCUCUAAAUGAUUUUAUAAUUAAAGCAGCUGCAUUGGCAUUGCGAUCAGUUCCAGAAAUAAAUGUGCGCUGGACGCCUGAAGGAAUUGUUCGUCUCGCAAAAGUUGAUGUCUCUGUUGCAGUCGCAACACCAACCGGUUUGAUCACACCAAUUGUAAAUAAUGCUGAUAUUCUUGGCGUUGCUGCCAUUUCUAACAAAGUGAAAGAAUUAUCCGGUUUGGCGAAAGAGAGCAAAUUGAAACCACACCAAUUUCAAGGCGGAUCUUUUACGAUUUCCAAUUUGGGAAUGUUUGGAAGUGUUUCGAAUUUCACAGCAAUCAUUAAUCCACCACAAUGUGCAAUUUUGACAAUUGGAGGUGGAAGAACCGAAGUUGUAUCAAUUGAUGGACAAUUGCAAACACAACAACUGUAAGGGGAUUUUGAAAAUAUAGUAAAAUCUAGAAAAAUUAAUUAUAUUUUUUUUUGCAGAAUGGGUGUGAAUCUAUGCUUCGAUGGCCGUGCAAUCGACGAAUUUUCCGCCAAAAAAUUCCUUCUUCAUUUCUCCGAAUCAUUAUCCGAUCCAGAUUUGUUGGUCGCUGAACCAAUUGCACCAGAACUAGACUUUGAUUUCUCGAGAUUGUUAUAA